AUCAAAAUGUACAGUAAAUUUUCGAAAGAUUUUCUAAAAGCGCAUUAUUUUCGAAUUCGUUAAUGUAUAGACAACCACCGGAAAUUGGAUCAUCCUUAAAUUUUAAUUCUAUGAGAUCCUCGAUAUUUCGUAGAAGUGAAAAUAAAUUACCAAAUAUUCCAAAAUACUUGACAGAUUUUGAGAAUGUGUUAAAAAAUAAUUUCGAACCGACUAAAAGCUUGUUUCGUGGCAUUGUCGAAGUAAACGAUGGAUCGGCAGCUGCAAUAUUUGGAUCGGAUUUAAUGAUAUCGUUAUUAAAUUCGUGUGACACAAAGAAAGUUGAUAUCGAUGCAACUUUUUCGGUUUCUCCACGUCAAAUGUCAAUUUAUCAAUUAUACACUGUUCAUAUCCAAAAUCGGGGUACAGUGAGUAUAUAUGAAAAUAAACCAACAUUUUUAAACAAAUUAAUAAAAUGUUUAUUUAAAUAUAAUUAUACUGUCAAUAUCAAUAUUUUUUAAAUUUUUUAGAAUUUUUGUUCAUUAUGGGUUUUAAUGACACGAAAAACCUUACUGUUAUACACUGCCGUAUGGAAAAAGAUUUUGAAUCUAGCUCACAAAUUGAAAGAGAAUUUGAUAGAAAUCAUGUCAGAUUUCGAGACCGCUAUACAAAAGUCAAUAACCAACAGCAUUUCAAAGGAGAUCACAGUUAAAGCAUGCUGGUUUCAUUUCUGCCAGGCAUUGUUAAGGUAUUGGAAAAAACUAGGUUUAAUUCGUAAAAAGGCUCCAAAAACUGUACUAUGGAUGGUGAUGAACCUUGCGUUAGCACCUGAUACUCGAUUUUCAGAAGGUUUAGAAUUGAUAGAAAAAGUAUGCAAGGAUGAUAUACAAAAUUUCAAAGAUAUUAAAACCUUUCUCGAUUAUGUCAAGAAUCAGUGGAUUCCUCUAGCAUCUGUGCUAUGUGUUUGUGAUUGUAGCCAAAGAACAAACAAUGCAGUAGAAUCAUUUCAUAAAAACGCAUUUGACGAAUUAGGAGGCAAUCAUCCGCAUAUGUAUGCUUUCUUAACAAAAAUGGCGGCCUACAUUGCUUCCGAAGAUUUACAGUACUUAAGAGUUUUGAAAGGUUAUUCCAUUAGACGUAGAGAGUCGAAAACUUCUAUUACCAACGACGCUCAUAUUCUUUAUUGUCAAAAAGAAUUGAUUGAUAAAAAAAUUGAUUUAGAAGAGUUUUUGAAAACAGUCGUUACACGUGAACAUCAAAAUCAAUUAAAAGACUUGCUAGAAAUUACUGGUAUGCGAUAAAAAGUUAAACCUAUUUAAAUAUUGAUAAAAUUGUGAUAAUUUAAUAUAAAAUAUUUAAUAUUUCCAAUAUUGAAACGCUUGUUGAAAAAAUAUAACAAAUUUUACGCAUUAUCAAAAAGUUUUUGAGGAGUUUCAUAUAAUCACAAUAUGUAUUUCAAAACGUAUUAAAAAGAUUGGAAAUUUUGUAUUACACAAUUUAAAGACAAAAUCACAUAUCACAUUCUGAGGGGAUAGGGAAUCAAGCAAUUUGUGACACGAAUAAGAAAAAAUGGCGUUAAUGUACAUACUAGAGUGUGAAAAGGGGUAGAGAGGGUAAAAAAUGGUCAAAAAUAGUGUGACGUAAUAUUUGGAUAGCCCUUAAAGUAUUUAUAUAAAACUAAAAAACUUUUUGAUGCUGUAAAUUGUAAAAACAUAAAAAGUUAAAAUACAAUAAAUUUAUAGAAUUAUCAGCAACAUUAGAAAAGGAUAUUGAGCCUACAACAACAAGAAAACGAAAACCAACAGAGAAAAAACAAAAAGACUUGAAGCCAUCCUCAAAAAAAGAGCGCCACGAGUUUAAAACACAAAUAUUUAAUUCAACACGUUAUCUUUAAUGUUCAGUCAUUUUUGACGAAUAAAAAAUUAUUCCAUAUUUCGCAAUGUAACAAAUAUAAUUUCAUACAAUAAUAGUUUAUACAUACAAAUUAAAAUAGUCUUUAUAAUGUUGUGUCAAAAAGAUUUGAAUUGGUCUUUAAAGAUUCGAAAUCUUGAAAAAUUAUAUUGUUGUAUUGUCGGUCUUUGAACAUUUGGUUCAUGAAGAUUCAAAAUAUUAAAAUCUAUAUUAAU